AGACGGGCUGCUGAUGCUGCUGCUGCUGCUGCCGGGGCGGAGGAUCCAGGCCAUGCUCGCCUCUCAUCAGGUGCAGUGUGUGUAUCUGUGCGUGUACACGCGCUUUUAUGUGCUAUCCGCGCACUAAUGUGUCAUUAUGAGCUGCCACCUCACCAGCUCAUGUGAGCUGCUCGUUGAGAAGAUGAUGAUCAUGUCUCACUGCAAAGACCUGCGCCUUAGAGUCACUGGGGGCAGACGCACGCCGAGCCUAGUGAGGACAGACAGAGAUGUGUCCUGCUGUUGAUAAGGCCAAGGAGCAAAGGCCCAUCUGGACCUUGACGGGUCCAAAACAAGGCAGCGAUGGCAAAGAGAGAUUACCUGGUGGAGGCGGCCAAGCAGAUCCGCAUGGCACUGGACAGUGAGGUCAACGAGGACUAUGAGGCAGCUUUCAGCUACUAUAAGAAUGGGGUGGACUUACUGCUGAAUGGGGUUCAGUUGGACCCAAACAAGGAGCGGCGGGAGGCUGUAAAAAGAAAGACAACCCAGUACCUGAAGAGAGCCGAAGAAAUCUUUAUAACACAUCUACAGGACAAUCUGGGGAAGGGGAGCUCUCAUUUGGGAGGCUACAGCAGUCUGAGAUUUCGUCCAAUCAGACACCUGAGUUCACCCGUGGAGGAUCUGGAGAUGUGUAAGGUGGUGGGAGUGACUGAUAAGGUCUUGAUUGUCCAAAGCAUGGUCAACAAAGAGAUGUUUGUCGUAAAGAGCCUGGUCAAAUCAAGCUGGGAGAGCAGGGACCAGCCAACUAUCAUUCCUCAAGGCGUGCCAUACAUGGUCAAGCUGCUACGAUAUUAUGUCAGUGAGGAUGCUGUGUAUCUGCAUCUGGAGCAUGUCAAAGGUGGGAGGCUUUUCUCCAAACUGCACAAGCUGAGGAACGAGAAGGCCAAGGAACACCCAGAAUGCUUCGCUUCUGGUCAGCCUAGCAUCAAGCUGAAGAGCAGCUACACCUCGCCCACAAUAAGCACAGACUACCAGCACAGCAGCAGCGGGAGCACAGCGGCGAUUCCAGAGAAAUUAACCGACGAGAGUCCAGACACAGACUUCCUGACUUCAUGGGAUGAGACUCAGCAGCGGCUGGAAAGCUGCGGGACUCACUCCUACAUCGAGGAAACGGGUUGCCUGCAAAACACGCGGUCUGCAGCGUCGUUUUAUACCAAGCUUGACCGGCUUACUCUGGUCUCCGGCUCGACCAGGACACAGGUCGACACCCGCAUCCACCCACCAGCUCCUAGUUUGUGUUUGCACUCCAGUGAAACUCAGGAAACGCAAGCUCUUCCCCUCUCCUGCGCUCGUGUCAGUCAAGCGCUCGAUGUCAUGUCAGAACUCCAUAAAAAGAAAGCAGGGAUGGGACUGAUAGAGUGCAGCUCGGAUUUUGAAGUGGCCUGGAAAGCUGCGGACCCCGUGCACAACUGUGAGAAAAUAAACCCGUAUGCAAUGGCUGACGGCAAUUUCCCAAGAACACUAGGACAAACUGCACCACACACAAAUCAGACCUCAAGUAUAAAAGCAGGCUCCCCAAACAGUGAAAAUAACCGUUUGAGUUCCUCCCCUGCCAUCUUGCAUCUUCCUUUACAUUGCCAAACUCAGAUCCGUGGCAGAGCAUCAUGGGAUACUAACGGCACUUGCCAGGGAUCUGUUUUAAGUGGGAACUCUGCGGAAAUAGCUAAAGAUUCAAACCAAGACACCAGCAGUCCCACUGCAGAAGAAAGAAAUGGCAUGGUGGUCAUCAGGAGCACAGACAGAGCAGUUUUUUCUGACCACACAGAUACAAGAAUCACCUCAGAAAGCUCUUGGCCUUCAUCUGCUUCCCUCUGCCGUGGCAUUGCAGAAAAACAGGGGACAUCUCCAGGUCUUCCUGUGACCCACUCAGGGGUCAAACACAAAGGGGAAACAUGUUCCCGUGAGACAAAAGAAGACAGAGAGCAGGCUUGUGAAUUGGUGAGUCCCGGAGAGAAAAAAGCACCUGCAAAACAGGGAUCAUUUGUGGAGUGGUUUUCUUCCCGCGCUCUACAUGCACCUCCCCAACAAAAGGGAGAUGAUGUGGAUGCUUUCCUUAAACCAGAAGCCCCAGAGGGUCAGGGAGAAGACCAGAUCAUAGAGGUGGACGGAUGGUGCCACCUGCCUCGGUUCCCCGUCAAGUCCCCUAGGUCUGCCGAUAAGGCCAUGCAGACAUGCUGGGGGCUUCCAGAGGCGGAGGUGCGUGUCUGGGGUGCGCAGAUCCUGUUGGCCCUGGAGAGUCUGCAUCAGCAAGGCAUCCUGUGCCGGGAUCUGAACCCGAGAAACGUCCUGCUCACCAGCAAUGGAAAGGUGUGUUUGACAUUUUUCAGCCAGUGGAGUGAGGUCCAGUCAGAGAUUAGCUCCAGAGCCAUGGAACAGAUGUACUGUGCUCCAGAAAUUGGUGGAGUGUCAAGAGUCACAGAAGCUUGUGAUUGGUGGAGUCUCGGGGCUUUGCUGUUUGAACUUCUAACAGGAAUGCCACUGUGGCAGCUCCAUCCCGCUGGAAUCCACUCGCACACCCAGCUGCUCAUCCCCGACCACCUGAGCACUGCAGCUGCGUCUCUGCUCACUGAGCUACUUCAGUUUGAUGCUGGCUAUCGCUUGGGGUCAGGAGGCGGAGGCGUAAGUGACAUCAAGUGUCACCCCUUCUUCAGCGGAGUGUCCUGGAAAGCCCUGAGCUGCUGACUGGAAUUGAGGACACCCCUCUAAUCCCAGGAUGCUACACCGGACUACUCGAAAAUAAAUACAAGCAUCCUAAUGUGGCCCAGAUGGACGUAGCACCAGAUUCUGUUUUCGACUGCAUUGUGUGCUUCCCAAAGAAAAUAAUAUAUAAUGAUCAUAAUAAAAACUAAAACAAAACUAGUGAGCCCGCAAUGUCCCCGAUGAAACGAAUUUUGCAAUUUUGAUAGUGAAGUUUUACACAAACACACAAUCAACCUGCAUGAAAACUGACAAGACUUAAACUUCAGUCGUGACAAUAAUAAAAGAUUAUUAGUAUUGUAGAAAGACAGCGGUAGGCAAUAAGUGGCCAUAUCUUCGUUGCACAUCUUUGAACGUUUAAUUCCUGCGACACAGCAUUUGUAAGUUUGGCGUUUUGGGGCAUAUUGAUAAAUCAAAGAAGGCAAAAGGAAGACAAUUUCAAGUUUGUUGAUUGAAAAGCUCAGUUAUAAACAUCACCUCUUAACAUAGCAAGCCAUUUAUGAUCUAUAUAUUACCAGAGCAAUACUAUAGAAAUGUCUUAUGUGUGGAUGAGGACAUAUUUGAACUUUUUUUUAGUCACUUGUGACCCAAACCAUCCAAACUCAGACAUGUGCUGAGCUGAAGGAAAUUUCCUAAAAAGUAUUAAAGCAUUUUCCACCUAUUAACAUGCACGUCUAUGCAAAUAAUUUGAGCACUUUGGGUCUUUAGGUUUUUCUCCAUAAUGGAGGAUACCACGGCGGUGUUUGAUGAGCUGAUUGUACAACAUGGCUACGAUAUACAGUCAGUCAACAACAAUGAGGAGUUCACCAGCGGAUGAUAUACAGCGGCCUAGUUGCACAUUAUGGAGUCAGUCUAAGCAGGAACAGGCAGAAGAAAUAGAGACAGCUUCAAUCUGCAGAACAGCAAUGAUUUCCACGUUGCUUUGAACAGUAUAUUUAAAAUGUACCUUGAAAUGGAACUCGUAUGAAUUAAUGCUGUUUUGAAAGCAAAGGUUGGGCUCGUGAAUUGUUGACUCAGUUUUGCUGUCUUUGCGUUAAGAGUCUGAUUGACUUAUGUUACAUACUGGUGUCGAGGUUAUAAGUAAUUGAGACCAUGUUCAAGCUAUUAAAGCCAGUACAAUAUUACAACUAUAUACACAAAAUAACUUUCAAACAAAAAAAAAAAAAAUACAGUUGAGUAAUGCAGCUUUUAUUGUUUAAAACUUUUCUUAAAUAUCUUUCUCACACAGCAUAAAGAGAACGUUGCUCAUAAUGUCCACAGUAGAUGGGACAGAAGAUUUCUUCACUUUAGAGAUUUUAGAACAUAGUGUUUCUAGGUUAGAUGUGCUCAUUGUUCUUCCCUCAACCAAAUACGAAAAUCAUAUUAUGCAUUUUUAUCUGUGUUUGCCAUUUGUAACACAGGAAGUGGAACAUUUUUCAGCUGCAUGUAGAAAAUGACAUAUGGCGAACAUGAGUUAUAGAAUAUAUCUUUUUUUUUUCUUUUGAU